AUAUCUUUACCAGAUGUGUGAGCAAAGAAUUACCACCAAAAGAAGACAUUAAUAAUGGAGAAUUAUUCCAAACAUUAAUUUUCUUGGAAAGACACAUAAGACAUGAGUUUGAGGAUUUCGAUUUGAGAAAAAUCCAAGAUGUGAACAAAUUUGAGACUCAGUGGCUUUAUGAAGAAAAAAAUUACGAAGACACUGCAACCCAUUACAAAAAUCUCGCCUGUAGAGAACAUCAACAACAUCAUAAAUUCUGUAAUCAUUUUCCUGUAAAGCGCAAUGUUUCCAUAGGAAGAAAUACAUCUGAAUAUUACAGAAAUACAUCUGAAUAUUACAAACAUGAUACGGUGAGUAAGGCACUAAAAAACAAGGUAGGUUAUUCAGGAAGCAAGUAUAGAAACUGUUUGGACAGUACACUUGAAUUAAGCUUUCAUUCACAUCUGACUGAACUGCAGAGAUUUCAGACCCAAGAAGAAAUUCAUGAAAGUAACCAAGUUGAGAAGCCUACCAAAAAGACUUCAGUUUCACUUCAAAAAAUUCCUUCUAGUGUCAAAACCAACAUUUUUAAUAGAUAUGGGAAGGUUCUUAUGCAUCCUUCAUCACGGACACAACACCAGAAAACACCCAAAAGAGAAAAACCUUACAAAUGUAAUGAGUGUGGGAAGGCUUUUAGCCAUUGCUCAACCUUAGCUACUCAUCAAAGAAUUCAUUCUGAGCAGAAACCUUACAAAGGUAAUGAGUGUGGCAAAGCCUUUAAGAGGUUCUCAAACCUUAUGAGGCAUCAGAGAAUCCAUGCUGGAGAGAAAACAUAUAAAUGUAAUAUAUGUGGUAAAGAUUUUGCCACAAAGUCACAUCUCUGGGGUCAUGAGCGAAUUCAUACAGGAGAGAAGCCUUACAAAUGUAAUGAGUGUGGCAAAGCCUUUUCUGAUGGUUCAUAUCUUGCUCAACAUAAGAAUUUCCAUUCUGGACAGAAACCUUAUAAAUGUCAUCAGUGUGGCAAGGAUUUUGCCACGCGUUCACACCUCUGUAUUCAUAAGAGAAUUCAUACUGGAGAGAAACCAUUUAGAUGUAAUGUCUGUGGUAAGAAUUUUAUGAUACCUUCACAGCUUUGGGGUCAUGAGCGAACUCAUACUGGAGAGAAGCCUUACAAAUGUAGUGAGUGUGGCAAAGCCUUUUCUAGUGGUUCAAAUCUUGCUCAACAUAAGAGAAUCCAUUCUGGAGAGAAACCUUACAAAUGUAAUCAGUGUGGUAAGGAUUUUACCACACGGUCAUACCUUUGGAGUCAUGAGAGAAUUCAUACUGGAGAGAAACCUUACAAAUGUAAUGAGUGUGGCAAGGCCUUUAUCAGGAGUUCAAAUCUUACUCAACAUAAGAGAGUUCAUGAUGGAGAGAAACCCUAUAAAUGUAAUGUAUGUGACAAGGCCUUUAGUCAGAAUGCAAGCCUUACUGUUCACCAAAGAAUUCAUACUGGGGAGAAACCUUAUAAAUGUCAUGAAUGUGGCAAAGCCUUUAAGCACUACUCAAGCAUCAAUAAGCACCAUAAUACACAUAGAGUGAAGAUACAAAUAUAAAGUGUGUGGUAAGACUUUUAUUAAAUGUUUAUACCUUUGGAGUCAUGAGAGAAUUCAUACCAGAGAGAAACCUUACAAAUGUCAUGAGUGUGACAAAUUCUUUAAGCACUGUUCAAGCCUGAGUAGACACCAGAAUAUACAUAGAAUGAAGAUAUAGAUGUAGAGGUUAUGGUAAGGCUUUUAUUAAAUGUUCUCACAUUUGGAGUCAUGAGGGAAUGCAUACUGCAAGGAAAUCUCACCAAAGAAUGUAGCACAGCUUUCAUGCCCUGCCUCAGGAUUCACCAAAGAUUUCAUGUCAGAGAAAACGCUACAAAUACAAUGAUUGCUGGUACAUUGCUUAAGCAGGUUUCACAAUAUACUAUGCAUCAGAGAAUUCUAAUAGUAUGAACUAAGUCUAAUUCUUGAAGAUUAAUCAAAUCAAAUUUUACACUCUGCAGGAAAAUUAAAAGUCAAAAUGUUUUAAAAUUCAUGAAAUGAUGGGUGUCAAAGGAGCAGGGAUAUUUGUGGAACACCCUACUUAUCUUCAGUUUAUAUGAUCUUUUUAUUUUCUAUUUCUUGUUGACAUUACUUGAUUAUCAACUUUAGACUUGUUGAAAAUCUGUUAAUGAUGUUAUGUCUUCAACACAGACCUUUUGUGAAUUGCCA